AUCGUCCGUCCAAUCCAUCCAUUCAUCUACACACGCAGUUGCAGCACAUACAGCUAGCUAGCUCGUUACUGUUUUUGCAGCUGAUCUGAUCGACCGACGCGACCCACCGAUCACGAUCAUGAGCUACCAAGCGGGCUACCCACCGCCGGGCCAACAGGCCUACGGCGCGCCUCCGCCGGCGUACGUCGCGCCACCGCCGGCGUACCCGCCAACGGCCCAGGACGGCGGCGCGGCGUACUACGGCCAGCAGCAGACAACCACCACCAGCAGCAGCCGCGGCGGCGACGGUUUCUGGAAAGGAUGCUGCGCCGCCAUCUGCUGCUGCUGCGUCCUCGACAUGUGCUUCUGAGGACAUAUCGUCGAUCGAUCGACGACGGCCAGGGCAUGCUAGCUAGCUGAUGACCGGCCGGUACGUGCGUGGUUGAUGAUCACCAUCAUGUGCUGCUCUAGUAGCUGCUGUGUCAUUAUAUAUUACACAUCGUGUAUACAUAUAUACGUAUACGUACGUACUCGUACGUCUUCGAAUUCAUUCCUGUGGUUAUUGUAUUAUACAUAUGCAGCACACUUUGUACUCGUACCCGUGUCUGUGUCGUGUAUUCAAUUGUCGAGACAUUCUUUUACGAUUCUAAUGUAUGUAGUAUUAAUUACAUGCUAUAUAUAUAUUCCGUUCCGUGAUACUA